ACGGCACCAGUGGUAGGCGGGGCUACACGUCACAUGCUUCUGGCGCUUUAGCGACCGUUACGUCACCGAUCCUAGAGUAGUAGGGGUGUGUGAGGCGGAGGCUUCAGACCAGGUCGUGUACCGGAGCCGUGUGUGAGGAUGAAGGUGUCGUGUGAGGCCGGUGCUCAGGGCUCUCUGGGCCGCGCAUGGAGGCAGAUGUCGUGGCUGUAUUACCAGUACCUGCUGGUGACCGCGCUGUACAUGCUGGAGCCGUGGGAGCGGACUAUCUUCAACUCCAUGUUGGUCUCCAUCAUCGGAAUGGCUCUGUAUACAGGAUAUAUUUUUAUGCCGCAACACAUUCUUGCAAUUUUGCACUACUUUGAGAUUGUCGAAUGACCCCCAAAGGGGCCUUACAUGUCAAGGGCUAGAAGGACAAGAGCAUCAGUCUUGGGCAUUUCUGCUCUCAGAUUGGACCUUUUACAAGUCGGCAUCAUCGUUCAUUAAGCUGAGAAGAGAACAAAAUUUGAUGAGCGCCAUCUCUGGUGAAACUGCCGGCGUCUUUUCUCGAUGGACAAGGUCGUUUGAAGCUCUUCUUUAUCAAUAGCCAACCUCACCUCUCCCCGUCUAACCAGCUGGUUUCAGUACCCAGGAGCUCUGCUAAACCAAUGCUAUUUUGGCAGUGCGAAGGGAAGUAUUUCCUUUGCGUGUGUGUGACGUUUUGUUGUAAACAAUAACUUUUUUAAUAUUGCACUGUAAAUGUAUUUUUAGUUUUUUUUUUUUUUAUAUUUUACACAAAGCAGUGCUCGUUUUGUGCACCAUCUUAGGUUCUCUUUCUUGUGUAACUGAACCCGUCUCACUUGGACAAAUAUUGUAACACAAGUUUGUACACAUUUUAUGUUAUAGGGCAAAACAUGCAGCGCCCCUGCGCACUGUUCUAUGCUAAAAUUUAUAUUUUGACAAAAAAAAAAAUUGUGACUUAAAAUGUUGAGUUUCUG